AUGUACAAGGCAUGGCUACCGUUUGAUUAUACAAUUUCUGCGUUAUUUUAUCUCGCAUACCUUCAUCAAAUAUUGAGUUUUAUAUUUAUCGGACUUGUUCAUCCCGGCACUGACAAUUUUAUUUGCGGACUAUUGUUGCAUGCUUGCUGUCAACUUGAGAUAUUAGAAUAUCGGAUAACAAACAUCGCGAAUGGUCGAGAAAGCCUGCGUAAUUGUGUACGUCAUCACUUAUGUAUAUUUGAAUAUGCGUACACGCUGAACGAAAGGUUUUCCAGGAUAAUCCCUGGUGAAUUUAUAAUGAUUAUGGUAGUAACGUGUUACGAGUUAAUUCACAUGGCCACGACAUCAUCAUCUAACAUUACUUACCUACAGGAUAUGAUGGCUGUAGCUUGUACACUGGCUGCGAUUUUUUAUUACUGCUGGUUUGGUAAUGAAAUUAAGCACAAGAGUCUGCAAUUAUCGGAUAAUAUUUGGUGUAACAUGGAAUGGACUAUACUUAGCGACAACGUAAAGAAAGGUCUUAUAAUGAUCAUGAAUCGUGCGAUGAUACCAAUUGAAUUUAGCAGCUCGCAUCUUAUGCCAAUGAAUCUUGAUUCUUUUGUAAUGAUAACGGUCUUAUGUAUAAUUGUAAAUGCUGUCUUCAUGGAUCUAAGGAAGGGAAACUUAACGUAUAGAGCGUGGUUCCCAUUCGAUUACACGCCACCAACUAUAUUCUAUUUGGUGUUUACUCAUCAAAUGGUAGGCAUGUCGAUCACUGCAGUCAUGAAUGUUGCCUGCGACAGCCUGAUAUUUGGACUCCUGCAGCAGAUUUGCUAUCAGAUUGAGAUUCUAGAAUACAGAUUGACGAAAAUCUCGCUCGGUCAACAUAUCUUCCGUGAUUGUGUACGUCACCACAACCAUAUAUAUGAGUAUGCGUGUACGGUAAAUCACCGUUUCGCUCCAUUAAUUGCUCUCCAGUUUGCAGUAAGCAUGCUAGUGGUGUGUGCUAAUUUAUAUAAAAUAGCUGCAAUGAAAAUUAAUGCAGGAUCUGUUGUAUUAAUAUUAUAUACGGCCUGCAUGUUGUCGCAAAUCUUCAUUUACUGCUGGUUUGGAAAUGAACUUAAAUUGAAAAGUAUUGAUUUAGCAAAUAACAUAUACAAUAUGGACUGGUAUACGCUUGACACCAAUAGCAAAAAAGGUCUUCUAUUUAUUAUGAAACGUGCGAUGGUUCCCAUUGAAUUUAAUAGUGCAAUUAUCAUUACGUUGAAUCUUAAUUCAUUUGUGUCUUUGCUGAAAUCAUCAUAUUCGGCUUACAAUGUGUUGAAAACAGCACAGUAAAAACGAAGAAAAGAAAACUGAUGAAUAAAAACUGUUAUUGCUUACAUAUCGAUCACGAAGACAUGUGUCAUACAAGAUUUUAAAGAAUCUAUAAUAUGUCUUGAUGAUUUAUGCCGAAAGAUCUAAUAGCGAGUUAAAACACGAUAUUGUAAGUUCA